GAAAGCGGAGUGAAAAAACUGGAACAGAUUAGUAAAAACUUACUAAGUAUCGCUUCAAAUCCUGACACAAGAACAGGGCAAGAAAUUGACAGAACAGCGCGAUCAGUGCUAUCCAGUUUGUCUAAGAUUUUAAGCGCAUCACUGUUCACCGGUCAAGACACGAGUAAAAAAGAUGGUUUGUUUUUAAGUUGUUUUUCACUUUUUCUAUAACUUGCUCGUUUAGUCCUUCUGAAUUUGAUCAAAACUUUAUCCACCGAUUUAAUGAACUAUGGUUGACCAACUUGACUGGGUAACCUGGUUUCAAGAAUAUUAUUAGUGGAAUCAAAAUUAAGAAAUAUAGUUUGAUAAUAAGGUUGAUAUUUUCCCUUGUAUUUCAGCCCCAGAGGAAGUAAAACCAAACCUUUACGGUACUCUCUCCAGGAAAGGAUCUGCUUUGGAGAAGGUAUGGGGUUGCUGUAAUUGUAACUUACACUUGAUAGCGUAGUUUUAUUUUUAGUAAUUACGUAAGCAAGCAAGUAAGUAAGUGAGCUAAUUGUCCUUACUAAUCCUUAAUCAAUGCCUGAUCAUCCUUAAUUAGUGUGCUGACCAUCCUUAAUUAGUGUGCUGAUCAUCAUUCAUUAGUGCGCUAAUCAUCCUUAAUUAAUGUACUGAUCAUCCUUAAUUAGUGCGCUGACCAUCCUUAAUUAGUUUGGUGACCAUCCUUAAUUAGUGUGCUGAUCAUCCUUAAUUAAUGUGCUGAUCAUCCUUAAUUAGUGUGCUGAUCAUCCUUAAUUAGUGUGCUGAUCAUCCUUAAUUAGUGUGCUGAUCAUCUUUAAUUAGUGUGCUGAUCAUCAUUCAUUAGUGCGCUGAUCAUCCUUAAUUAGUGUGCUGAUCAUCCUUAAUUAGUGUGCUGACCAUCCUUAAUUAGUGUGCUGAUCAUCUUUAAUUAGUGUGCUGAUCAUCAUUCAUUAGUGUGCUGAUCAUCCUUAAUUAGUGUGCUGAUCAUCCUUAAUUAGUGUGCUGAUCAUCCUUAAUUAGUGCGCUGACCAUCCUUAAUUAGUGUGCUGAUCAUCCUUAAUUAGCGCGCUAAUCGUCAUUCAUUAGUGCGCUGAUCAUCCUUAAUUAGCUAAUUCCAGUGUUUUCUAACGGACCGUAUCACUAACCAAGUUACAGUAUCAGUUCGUAAACCAUAGUGUUAUUCUUUAAAUUGAUGUCAAAAUACGAAAUUUCGGCACACCCCUUGCCAAGAUGGCGGAAAUUGAAGAGCUAGUGGACAUCACUGAUCUAUGCCAGUCCUUUUCUAUUGUUUUUCUCUGCGCGGUUAACACGAAACUGGCUUCACUUUUUAGAUUCGAGAUUUAAAAGUUUACCCUAGUAAAGUUUACCCUGAAUCCUUCAUUGCUUUUUUCUUCAUAGAUCGGCAAGGAGACUCGGCAAGUUGUGGAAGUCUGGGACGAAGCAGUCGAAACAAUCACUGCAGCUAUGGCAAAGAAGAAGCUCUCUGGUGAAAGACCAACUGUAGUGAAAACUCCUAACUUCAAAAUAAAGCUAAGUAAAAGUCGGGAAAAGGAAGGCCGCCGUAUACAUGCAGAAGAUGGGAAGCUCAAUGAGUCAAAACCUUGGAUUUCUUUGCCAAAGUUGUCAAAGUUGCCGUUCUUCAGAAGAAAUGAAAGCGAAAACAUUUUUACUGAGGUUCGACAUAUUUGGAACAUUUAUUAGAAAAUUUGCAUGUGGUUUUAUAGUCGUGGUGUGGAUAAUAACAGUUGGAGAUCGGCUAUUGUUCAGAACAAAAACUCAAAAAGUUUUCAUUUAAAUUAACGGUGUAUUAUUUGAUUAGUACUGUUCAUAAAGCAUAAAAGCGAGAGAAUGAACACAAAUCAUUUUCUUAGCCUCGCUGUGACAAGCAACAAAAUCACAUCACAAGUUUAUAGUAGCAGACAUGUUGCAGAAGAUUCCAUGAAACCAAGAACCAGUUGCAUGGAUCAUUGGCUCUGCUUACCAAAUGUGAAGUAAUGUGAUUUAUUAUGCAGAAAGUGACCAGCAUGAGCUAUCAAGUUGAAUGUAAAUUUUGAAAAAUUUGCCGAUCAUUAGCCAAUGUCCAAGCACAGCCUAUCGAAGAGGAGAUGGCUGUGAAACUCAUUAGAACAACAAUAUAACUUAUUUACUAUGUUAGUCAACGUUUAUUCAUAAAUCUGGUCCUUCACCGUCACGUGUGUAUUGUAUUUUUACCAAAUCCACCAAUAGCAAUUUCCAGUUCCCCUAUUGUUCGAGUCACGGAUAGGUAACUUUCCUAAAACAUUGAUAUUGGUUUGUUGGGCAGAAAUACAAUACGCACGUGACGGUGAAGGACCAGAUUUAUGAAUAAACGUUGACUAACAUAGAUAAUGAGUUAUACUGUUAUUCUAAUGAGUUUCACAGCCAUCUUCCCUUCGAUAGGCUAUGGUCCCAGCACCGAGCAACUGCACAAGUUUAUCGGGCAUUUGUCAGACCCAAGCGAAAUUGUUAUAAUCCAUGCCGCACUUGUUUGAUACUCGAAAGCUACGUUUACACGCAGCGAUUUGUCGUGUACGAUUUUAGAACAGUUUCGAACUGAUAGAGUUAUCCAGUAUAAAUAAAGUUAGUUUAGUACUUUAGUUUAGGUUUCCUCCUGUAGUAAUACUGGACCAAUAAUAGAUGAUCCUUACUGGACCUCUAGGGAGAACAGUUUAGAACGGAUAGAGCUAUCCAGUAGAAAUAAAUUCGGAUUAGCAUAACAGGAUUUAAUUUUUUGGUUUUCGUAUUUUAGGCAAUCUCUUUCGAGAAAAAUCCAUAUACUUGGGACGUCGAGCGUUCACAUUAUAUUCAACCAGCCGUAUUUUCCUUUAACUUUCGAAAUGAAGAUGGCAAAAAGAUGUCCGUUAAAAAGCUUCCGGAAGAUAUUGAAAUCCGACUUCCAAAUAGGAAAGAGAACAUCGUCCACAACCCUUUAAACAACUCUGCAGACAGCGAGGACUUUUUAUUGUACAGUUUUAAGGUUGAUGAGGAUCAUUACGAGGAAGUUAUCAUGAUUGAUAUACGACAUUCGAAGUCAGCAGAUGAAGGAGCUACUUUUUAUCUUAAAUUUGGCGAGGAGGUAAUUGCAAUAUUACUAAUGCUAACUACUAAACUACAACCAUUUUCAAAACUUGUUGGGACACCGUUGUGAUUUUAGAUCUUCAGUGGAUCUAUGUAAAUAUUACAAACAUCCCCCAGCCCUCUCCUCCCCCAUUCAAUGUGUUUACCCGAUCACUCGCCAAAGUAAGAUGCCAACUGAGAACCAAUAUUGGAUGGGGGGAGGGACAAAGUUUGUCAAAAUAAUAUGUAUAGUUGUGGCAUCUGUACCAACACAUUCAAAAAUGAUUGUACUACUGAUAACCAUGCGCAAAACGAGUCCACCAUAAGCUCGAAGACGUACCAUUUUUGACUAACUACCAAGGCUUUAAGAUUCCGAACGAACUAACAGACUAUAACAAACUUACACAGCGAAUAUAAGGAAGGAUAAGUACAAAUUCCCCAUCAGAUCAUAUUGUAAAAUUUGUACCGGGCGUCUGAUAAAAGUUUAACAAUUUUUGAUAUUCUCCACACGAAUAAUGUGAAGAAUAUCCUGGAGCCAGAGGGUAUUUAUUUUCUAAACAAACCUCUGGGCCAGGGUAUGUGAAGAAUGGAUUUAUACAUUUUUACUUUAUACACUUUUAAGGUAUCGCCCACGAACUAUGAUUGUAAAGAUCCACUCUCUGUAAAUAUGACUUGUUUCGACGCCACUGUGCAAAUACACCAUAACGACCAAAGCAGUAUUGUUUUCAUACGAAAUUCUGAGAAAGUGGAGUCAGUCAAGGGUGAAGUUUCUGUUGGUCUGUUGCUAUGUCCAUACGCUCACAAUGAAAACAAACCGUCUACAUGCAACCCCAGAAACCAUACUUACGAAAUUUUCGUACAAACGGUUUCGUGCCGGUAUUGGAAUCAUUCUGAGUCUGAGUGGAGUAAAAAUGGAUGUAGGGUAAGCUGAUGCUUUAUUGGAAAUUCUGCCCCCCCCCCCUGGUUAGAAUUAGCCUUUCUCACGAUGACGAAUAUCCGGCAUCUAAUUCUCGUUAGCCAAUGCAGACAAUUAAAACAAUGUGAAAAGCAAUUUUUCAAAAUAAACCAACCAUUUACAAAGUUACCAUCAUUCGUCCACAAAAUUAUAAAAAGUCGCUGUUAUGUGGACUUAUCUCACAGACUUCGGCUGAAAAGCCACCCAAAAAUGGCGGCGUGAGAAAGGGUAAUUGUAGUUCACCAAAGAUCACAAUAAAGUUUUAUAGAUUUUUUAUAUAUAUUCUCUCAAUCACAGUAUAUAAUCACUCACUUCUCGGUCUCCUACUAUUACUUUUCCUUUUAUCAGUUCUCUCUGCCUAUUUACAGGCCUCACUCAUCUAACUAUAUGCUUAAAGUGCACCUAACCUCAAUUCCUUUUAUCAUCUCAUUCUUAAGAACUUCUAAAAUGAUAUAAUAACGUAUUUUGAAGAUUUUCGUUUGCUCACUUUGUUUGGUGUGCAAAUAUCCGGAAUUUACGUUACAAAUGCAUAAUGACUUAAAGUAAAAGCUUGUAUAUCGUAUUUACUAUCGAGUUUAAUUCAUUAAAAUGAAGUUUGUUUUAUUUGUAUUUGCAAAAUAGUUUUUAAUGUGUUAACAUACUCUUGUAGGUUGGCAAUAAGUCGACACCGUUGCACACAAGUUGUCUAUGCAACCAUCUGACCGCGUUUGGUUCUUACGUCGUGAAACCCAAUCCUCUCAACAAGUUUUCUGCCGAAGAUUUCCGAAAUGGUUAUGUUUGUUUUGUUGUGGUGGCCGUUAUCUUUUGUUUUUAUUUCUUAUUUCUCGUAUGGGCAAGAAAAGCAGAUCGUUCGGACUGUUCUAAGGUAAAGUGAAUGUUUUAUUAUGCUUCCGUAAAUGCCCAUUUACACUUUCGAUUUGUAGUGCGAGUUUCGUCUUGUGAUGUAUGUGAACGAGUAGAUGCGUUAUGAAUGGUCUGAGGAUGCGAACCCUCGUCUGAACAUUCAUAACACAUUCACUCCUUCACAUCCAUCAGAAGAAGAAAAUCGCACCAAAAAUUACUGGAAAUAUUUUGCAUGUGUAAUCUGCCCCACAAUUCCUAUAUGAUACAUUAGGCUGGUAUUCCAAAGGUCGUAGGUUCGAUUCCCACCGUGGUCAGGCAUAUUUUUCAAGCUUGCCCGGUGUGAAUAUACACUCAGAGUAACAUCACAAGCAUCAUAUUCACCUGAGUACAUUACACCAACAAAGGAAAAAAAUAAGAAAAAAAUCAUGAUACAGAAUGUUUGUAUGUCUCAAUUCUAUGCUUAAGUUCUUUCUGUGCCGUGGUGAUCGUACGUUGCUUCACGUAUACAUCAUUCCUAUUAGGUUGGUGUUUGUGCCUUAUCAGACAACGGGCCACAGGAUCGAUACCGUUACGAGGUCGCCAUAUGGACAGGCAUGCGCAGAAAUGCCGGCACUGGUUCCGAAGUAACCAUCAUUCUCUCUGGCGACAAAAACGACUCCGAACCACGGUGCUUGGUCAAUCCGCAAAACCCUAGCUUUACCCGCGCUAGUCUGGAAAAAUUCUUGCUCACUUCAUCUAAGGUGGGUUGAGACAUGGAUAAAUGGAUGAGUACUGUAGAUGAAAAUUGUCAAGUGGAAAUCGGCUCAUUGGGCACACCGGAUGCGAUUCCACAACGCGGCGCGAUUUUUCGAUUUUCACUGACCGAUAACUUUGAUCCUGGUUCAAAGUUUUCAACUAUUUAGAAGCGCUAUAACAUUUUGAGUUAUUUGGUCUACAUAUCUUUUAAAAUUUUCAUUCAUUGGCCGUUUUAUUAACUUUCAAAAACUGAAAAAUCGCGCCGCGUUGUCGAAUUGCGUCUCGACCUUUAGUGUCUGCUUCUGGGUUCGACUGUAAUAAAUAUUUUCAUUUUAGGACAUUGGCAGUUUGUACUGUAUUCGUGUAUGGCACGAUAAUAGCAAGGGUUCGUGGUUCUUGAGUCGAGUGAUGGUCACUGAUUUACAGAGAAACGAGAGGUUUUAUUUCAUUUGUGAUCGCUGGCUUGCUGUUGACGAGGAUGACGGACAGGUAAGAUGAAUAGCGUCGAUAGUGACCCCCCACUCCCUCCUUCCACUUGUCGAUGGUGCAAUGCUCCCCCCUCCUGCAUAAAUGUUAAUCCUGACCUGACCUGACCUAACCUUGGGGGUAUUGUGACCCUCCCUUAGGGGGUGGUGGUGAUUUGAAAUUCGUCGCAAUUUAGAAUUUAAAAUAUUGAUAACUUUCAGGUUGAAAGACUUCUGCCAGUUGCCAGCGACGAAGAGCUCGCUGACUUUCAUCAUUUAUUCUACUCGAAGGCCAAACGAGGCCUCAGUGACUCUCAUCUCUGGGUCUCCGUUCUUAAUCGACCUCCACAAAGUAUAUUCACUCGAGUUCAAAGGCUGUCGUGCUGUUUAUGUAUUUUAAUGACCACCAUGGUCGCCAAUGCUAUGUUUUAUGGGACUCGAAGUGAACCGAAAGCAGACACGACAAAUUAUGUUGGUUCCUAUUCUUUCACUUGGGAUGAGGUAAGCAUAAAGGUUCUACUUGUUUUAUCAUGUCUUCUUUUGCACUGUCAUACCAUGCCAUAUGAUACCAUCCCAUACCAUACUAUACUAUAUCAUCAUAUCAUCAUAUUAUAUCAUUCAUACCAUACCAUGCCAUACUAUAUUAUACCAUACCAUGCGAUACCAUGCCAUGCCAUACUAUACUAUACCUUAUUUAUAAGUAAUAGCAUGGCAUUCAGGUCGAUUAGUGAUUAAAUGUACCCGAAAGCCGAGAGAGGUUUAGUAAAAGUCCCGAGGCGCGUAGCGCCGAGGGACUUUUACUAAACCUCUCGAGGCUUGAGGGACAUUUCAUCACUAAUCGACCAUGAUGCCAUCUAUUACUUUGUAAUAUCAUAGUUGCCGAGGGAAUCGCGCGUGGUGUGUUGCCUGUUUUGAAUGCUGUUUGAUUGUCUUAUGAUUGUGGUACGAACACUUUUCAUAUAUACGCACGCGCAGAAACACAUCUCCGUGUUCAUUCGUUUUAGGCAUGCGCAUAAACGGAAUUUUCUCCCACAAUUGUAAUGUUCAAGAUUAGGGAAUAAAAGCUGGCAAAGUGAUUGUUCGAAUGUGUACGGGACGGUGUCGUCAGAUACUGUCCAUAGUUGUGCCGAUGAUUUUCGAUGAGGUACAGCUCUCCAAUCAGAGGUAAUGAGGUACGAUUAGUAACUAAUCUUACCUCAUUACUAAACAUGAGGUACGAUUAGUAACUAAUCUUACCUCAUUACUAAACAUGAGGUACGAUUAGUUACUAAUCGUACCUGUUUACUCAGGUUGAGGUAAAUGCGACGUUAAUCGUACCUCGUAAGACAAAAGAUUUCGAGCAUUUCGAAAGUGGAGGGGCAUUGACCGAAAGGGGCACUUUUGUAUAUGACCAGAAUCAAACGAUUUUAUGACGUUCACGAGCCGAACGAAAAUUUUUGAAAAUAUGGAGUCUCUCUAACGUCGGAAAUGGCCUUUACAGAGUCUUUACUACUGCGAAAAGGGCAUUUUCUUUCCAGAAAAAGAGGGCGUUUAUUCAAGAAAUACUUUUUUCGUUUUUUAAAUGGGGCAUUUUAGCCUAGAAAAAAGGGCACUUUUUUCACUUUUAAGAAAAGUGGGGGGGCACAUGCCCCCAUUGCCCCCCCGGUUCCGCGGCCCCUGAUGAUAUUACAUACCAUACCACAUCUUAACUUACAAGGCAUACCAUACUGUACCAAACUAUACCAUGCCAUUUUACACCAUAGCAAAUGACAAAAGUAUAAUACUAUCUACACUGCAUUCCACAUUUAUAAUCCGUAUAAUUGUAAGCAGAACGUCGACCAAUGAACGUCGGCGUUACGAGCGAAAGCCCUUCGAAGUUCUCCUUACAUUUUUCUGUUCGUUGUACUGCAGCUGUUUAUAAUCUAUCUGAUUUUUGCGUAGGUGUACAUCGGUGUUGUGAGCUCCUUAAUCGUUGUUCCCGUCAAUGUGAUAAUCCUAAAUAUCUUCCGUAAUGUUCGCCCCAAGUCUCGCAAGACGCGUCCGCAUUCUAAAGCAUCAUCCGUGACAAAUCUCGACUCAGGUUACCGUAACUCCCGCGCGUCCUUUGAGACUCUGGUGGAAUCUUCUGACCAAGAACCCCGAGAGAGUAUAGCAGGCAAUGCAGGGAUGAAUGUGUAUUCUCGAAUACGUUCUGCUGAACUCAAGAAAAAACGAGAUGAAGAACUAUCACGAUGGGCGAGAUUCAAGAGAUGUAUCAUUCCUUCAAGUCUACCACACGGCUUCGUGUAUGUUGGUUGGGCUAUUCUCGUGAUUGUUACCCUAGGUGAGGCAAACUUAUUUGUUUAUACUUCUAUUUAACUCCAGCCUCCUCCGAAGGCAGAUUAUGGGGUUGGGUUUCGGGGGAAAAAAAUUCUAUUCACCCUAACCCUAGAAUUUGAGAUAUCUGUAAAAGAGGCUGAUUUAGCUCUCUGUUAGUUCUAAACUGUUUUCGUAUGGAGGUACGGAAAGGGUCAUCUCAUUUUUAUCCAGUGUUACUACAGGAGGAAACCUAAACGAACUUUAUUUAUACUGGAUAGCUCUAUCACAUGUACUAACCACGUGUUUGUGUUUGUGUUUGUGUUUGUGUUUGUGUUUGUGUUUGUGUUUGUGUUUGUGUUUGUGUUUGUGUUUGUGUUUGUGUUUGUGUUUGUGUUUGUGUUUGUGUUUGUGUUUGUGUUUGUGUUUGUGUUUGAAAAGAGAUUGUUUUUAAAGAUUGUUUGACGAACAUUUAAUAUCUCUCAAAGAGAGUUGCGUAUAGCAGAAAGAUGAUAGUGUACUCUGCCUUGUUAUUGUAUUCUGUCCACCACCAGACGAUUUUACUUGUCAAGGAGACAGUAUUGAUGGGUUAAAUGAAUAAUUUUUAAAAUAUUAUUACAGGUUCAGCGACGGUUGUAAUAUUGUAUGGAAUGCAGUUUGGAAAUGGUCGUUCACUACAAUGGCUUCUCUCGAUCAUGGUUUCAAUUGUCGAAGACAUUUUUAUCCUUCAGCCUCUGAAAGUGCUGAUGUUCGCGCUCGGCUUUGCUCUGCUUGUCAAAAAGCCGGACGAAGGCGAAUUUGAGAUGUUAGGUGAUUAUGAUGAUGAUGAGGUACAACAGGGGGAUAUUUUGGGAUCGCCAAUCCCUGAAAAAAGAGUUCCCGCAUCACCUAGGUUAGUAUAUAUCACUGUUCCCUAUGGCUAGGACUGGAUAGUGCAUCUUUUACCAACUCAGUUUCAGCAGGUAUAAAAUAGAAGUUAUUUUGACGAAUGGGUGCAUUAGAAAAACAUCAUACAUUAUUCACGUCACUUCUCAUCGGGGCAUUUCAGUGACCGCUUACAUCGAGUACUGCAUUACGCUUAUUUAUAUUACUUACGACUAUUUAUCUUUACAACAAUGGACCUUUCCCCUUAUAACUAAAAUUUUGAUCUAGACAAAAAUUUCAUCACAGCUUGAAAGAGCAUCACACAAUUAGUAAUAUUCCAAAGUUUCGUUGCGAAAUGUUAUAAAAUGCGGAUAAUAUAGCCUUGCGAAGUUUGCCGUUUUUCAGUCAUUUUGUAUUACGCAUGGGAAAUUGACAGCCCAAUCGGGUGUUGGAGCAUCAAUUCCCGUUUGUAAUACAAAAUUACUGAAAAUUGCAAAUUUCGAAAGGCUAUAUUAUCCGCAAUUUACAACAUUUCGCAACGAAACUUCGGCGGAAUAUUACUAAUUUUGUGAUGCUCUUUCAAGCUGUGAUGAAAUAUUUUACCACCGAAACCACUGUAUUUUUCUUUUUUCGGACUUUCAAGUUUUAUUUUGCAUUUCAUUUGCCAUGCAUGUAUGAUGACCUGGGCUGUCCAUGUCUUUUUCUAGGUUGCCCGUGCGACCCACAGAAGAACAAUUAGCAGUCAUGCGCAAAGCAAGGAUGAAGGAAAGGAAGAUGUUUUUCCUUAUUCAAGAAAUUAUAGUUCACUUGAUAUUCAUGAUCGUAAUAGCGCUGGUCACAUACGGGCACAAGGAUACCAGAUCUGUCCAUAUGUUUCGACAUAUUGACGAACUUAGUAAAAUGACAGACAAGGUUCGCACGUAGGCCUUUAAGCUUAAUAAACUAACUAGCUCUAUCAGAUCAAGACCAGAACUUAUUCAUCCAGUAUUACUACAGGAGGAAACCUAAACUAAACUAACUUUAUUUAUACUGGAUAGGUCUAUCAGUUCUAAACUGUUCUUCCUAGAGGUCCAGUAAGGAUUGAUCCAGUAUUACUACAGGAGGAAACCUAAACUAAACUAACUUUAUUUAUGUUGGAUAGCUCUAUCUAUUCUAAACUGUUCUUCCUAGAGGUCCAGUAAGGAUCAUCUCUUAUUGAUCCAUUGUUACUACAGGAGGAAACCUAAACUAAACUAACUUUAUUUAUAUUGGAUAGCUCUAUCAGUUUUAAACUGUUCUCUCUAGAGGUCCAGUAAGAGCCAUCUCUUAUUGAUCCAGUGUUACUACAGGAGGAAACCUAAACUAAACUAACUUUAUUUACUGGAUAGCUCUACCAGUUCUAAACUGUUCUUCUUAGAGGUCCAGUAAGGAUCAUCUCUUAUUUGAUCCAGUGUUACUACAGGAGGAAACAUAAACUAAACUAACUUUACUUAUACUGGAUAACUCUGUCAGUUACAAACUGUUCUUCCUAGAGGUCCAGUAAGAAUCAUCUCUUAUUGAUCCAGUGUUACUACAGGAGGAAACCUAAACUAAACUAACUUUAUACUGGAUAGCUCUAUCGGCACUAAACUGGUUCUUCCUUCGUCUUUUCGUUUCUAGAUUACUAAUUUCACACAUUUCUGGAACUGGUCACGAAUUGUGUUAGUACCGAAAGCGUUCCCUGAGAAACUCUACAAUGGUCGGUACGUGCCCAGUUAUGGCUUCUUUGACGAUGGUUAUAACAAUCUCAUCUCAAAAGCAAGAAUGAGACUUUUGAGAGUAAACAAUGGUAUGUAACAUAUUAUGUAUGGGUUAUAGCGUUUUUGGAUACUGUACCAUACAGAUACCAAACCAUAGCAUACCUCACCAUACGGUACCUCACCUUAUCUCACCUCGCCUUACUUCAUCUAAAUGAUAUGCCAUACCAUACCAUACCAUGCCAUACGUUACCAUGCCAUACGUUACCAUACCACACCAUACCAUACCAUACGUAAGUUGUUACCAUACCAUACCAUACGUUACCAUACCAUACCAUACGUUACCAUUACAUACGUUACCAUACUAUACUAUACCAUACCAUACGUUACCUCACCUUAUCUCACAUUACCAUAACAUACGUUACCAUACUAUACUGUACCAUACCAUACCAUACCAUACGUUGCCAUACCAUACUAUACCAUACGUUACCAUACCAUACCAUACGUUACAAUGCCAUGCGUUACCAUACUAUACCAUACCAUACUAUACCAUACUAUACCAUACUAUACCAUGUCAUACUAUACCAUACUAUACCAUACCAUACCAUACCAUACCAUACCAUACCAUACCAUACGUUACCAUAUCAUACCAUACCAUACUCCACCAUACCAUGCUUUACCGUACUUCACCUUAUGAUACCAUACCGGACCGGACGUUACCAUACUAUACCAUACUAUACCAUACCAUACCAUACCAUACUAUACCAUACUAUACCAUACCAUACCAUACCAUACCAUACCAUACCGUACCAUACCAUACGUUACCAUACCAUACCAUACCAUACCAUACCAUACCAUACCAUACCAUACCAUACCAUACUCCACCAUACCAUGCUUUACCGUACUUCACCUUAUGAUACCAUACCGGACCGGACGUUACCAUACCAUACCAUACUAUACCAUACCAUACCAUAGCAUACUAUACCGUUCUCUACCAUACCAUGCCAUAUGUUAAUCAUAUUAUACCAUACCUUACCGUACUUCACCUUAUGAUACCAUACAGGACCGGACGUUACCAUACUAUACCAUACCUCACAUAAUUCAAUCUCGACGCAAGACAAUCUCGACUUGCAGAACGCUUUUGUAAACAAUAAGUAAAUUUAUCAAAAACAUUCCAGUAUAUGAGAUAAAAAAAUUUCCUGCGAAGAUAUUUUGUCAAAAAUUUCCUGACAGCAGUGCAGACAUUUUCCAGCAAUAUGUUCCACGAUCAUGAUUUUGCCCACUGUUCUUCAUACCAUCUAGUCAAGACACUCGUGGUUUUAGAUAUAUCCGCGCAUUUAUGUGAACUGCCUAAUCAAUGUAUUCAUGCACAUACAACAAUAUUUUUUCGUUGAAGACAAUUGCAUGGUGGCAGACGAAUUCAAAGGUAAAAUAGGCGAGUGUCUUAAAGAUUACUCCAUCUUCAAUCAAGACGAAGUGUGUUACCAUUCCAACUGGACCGGUGUUGUGAAAGGCCAGGAAAAGGAUCGUUGGUGUUUUCAAGACUGGAAAGAUCUAGAUGGUUAUCCAACCUUGGGUAUUUUUAACUCAUACAGUGGUAGUGGUUACAUCAAAGAGUUACGACCAGGUAAACUAACUAUGAAAACAACAUCUCCAACAACAUCUCCUUUUUUUUAAAGUACUAAAAAUUGACGUAAAUAACAGUAACAAUCUAACUGUAGUAUUCUUAAUAUGUAAACUCAGACGUUUGCUUUGAGUAUUGAAAUAAAGACUCUUAUUGUUAUUAUUAUUUUAACCGAGGGUUAGCAUUAACCCACCUUUAAACAACCGGCCCCAGGAGGUUUAGGGUGUGGUGAAAGCCUUUGGCGUACGAAGCAGGGGUGGCUGGGGGCUGGAGGCAGGGUUUUAUCAGGCAGAUUCUACUUGAAAGUUCGCCUCGGUAUAGUCACAGAAUAGAAAGUUAUACCAGAAGCGUAACUUGAGCAAAUAUUUGUCCGCGUUUUUACAAGCGAUUCGUCAUCAAUCACGCCAUCCUGGCUAGUACAACCGGCACUUUGUACCUACCAAAUCCUGAUAAAAACUUCCGGCUGUACUAGCCAGGAUGGCGUGGCCUGACGUGAGCGAGUUAAAAUUUUCGUGGACGUCAAACAAUAAGGGAAACGACUAGAGUUACGCUUCUGGUAUAACUUCCUAUUCUGUAGUAUAGUGUAGUUUGUCAUGAUAUUAAUGUUGAGAUAUUAAUGUUUAGUUAGAAAAACUGAAUGACAAAUUGAAAUUUAUUUCAUAUAGUGUAAACAAGGUCUUAAACGUUGUGCAUUUUUUCUCUGUUAGGAGAUGACAACAAUGCAACUGUCAACGAACUGGAAUCAACUCAUUGGCUGGACAAACAGUCCCGAGCUCUGUUCGUGGAAAUGACUAUAUACAAUGCUAACGUUAAUCUUUACACAUCAAUAACUCUUCUCUUUGAGUUUCCAGAAUUUGGAGGAAUUUUCUACUUCCGAAACAUAAUCCCCAUGCGCCUCAAAUUGUAUGUUGGCGGUUUCGCGUUUUUCAUCUUCGCUUGUGAGAUGGCUUUCGCGUUGUUCGUCCUGGGCUACUCUUACGUGGCAUUGAAGAAAUUAUAUCAUCACAAAAUGGCGUACUUUAAGAACUUUUGGAAUAUCAUGGAUUUUUCUAUUUUGAUGAGUUCGUUCGCCGCUAUUAGUGUCUAUGUUUAUCGUUUGGGUAUUACGACAAAAUUAAUGCGAGCAGUUCAAGAUCGUGAUGGCGAGUUCGUGAAUUUUCAGUACGUCACGUAUUGGAAUGAGGUAUGGUCACUGACCUUGAAAUAUUACUGGAUUGAGAGCACGAAUGAAAACCCGUGAGCUACAAUCUUGGACACAACUGGAUGAGACUAGCUUUCCCCUUAUACAAAAUUCUCAUACCCCUUAUGAUAAAGUCCAUGUUGAAUCGUGUUGAGCUGCUUACACCCGCGCUCCCCCAACUCAAUGUUGAGCUUUGUAUCAUGGUAAAUUACCAAAAGUUGUUUCGGCGUUGUUUACAACAUUAGAGACCUUACGAUUUUAGGACGGCAACGCGACGACGACGACCAAAACAAACUCCUUCAAAUAAAUGGUAGUAAAGAUAAUUCGUCGUAUAUUAUCAAUCGUAUGAAUUUAAUACAGUCUUGGAAGUUUAAGACAUGGGUUUUAUGGUUGGGAAGAGUUCUGCUAAACCCAGUUUGAAGUUGCACUUGUUGUGGCUUGAAAUGCAGCCAUUGUAUCAAGACGUGAAAAUCUGUGAUUUGGCGUUGUAAACAGAGCGAGGAUAAUGUCUAAAUUAUUCAUAUAUUGUAAUUUUUCAAUUCUUUUCAAUGAUUUAUUGUAUUGGUAGCCGUUGCCGUCGCGUUGCCGUCCUAAAAUCGUAAGGUCUCUAAUGAACUGGAGGAGAGGGUGACGAAGUUUGCGUUGUCAAUUUGCGCUAACUUUGCAAUAUUGGUUGGAAUGGUCUCAAGGGUUUUGUCCAAGAUUAUAGUGCACUCUAUAUAUGUCUGGAGUGAGAACUCCGUCCUUUGUGUCCUGCUUGUGAAUUAUUAACAAUCUUACCUAAACCCUAACCGUAAACCCUAACCAAAAAAUAAGUUGUUUUUAUUCCACUAGAUAUUGAGUUAUAUUAUGGCGCUGGUGGUUUCCUUGACAACAGUGAAGCUGACGAAACUGAUGCGUUUUAAUCUGCGUGUCUCGUUAUUUGGUAAAACCCUCCAAGAUGCGAAGCCUGCGUUGGCCGGGUUUAGCAUCCAAUUCGGAAUCGUGUUUUUCGCUUACGUGAUGGUAGGCGUGCUGGUAUUUGGUUAUAACGUGUCGCAGUUCAAGUCGAUCGUGUCAGCGAUGAUGGCACUUGGCCGCGUGAUCCUGGGCAAGAGUCAGUUUAUUGAACUGUUCUCGGCAGACCCCAUAAUUGGUCCAUUGUUUUUCUUCACGUAUGUCACGUUUGUGUGUUGGAUUUUGGUCACAAUGGUCGUCGCAAUUCUCACAGAUUCGUACCACGAGGUCCAAGACAGAUGUUUCGGCAUGAGCAACGAGUACGAGAUGGUUGAUUUCAUUCUUGCAAGGCUCCGCGCCUGGUCUGGCUUUGGCGGCAAGAAAAAGGUGUGUACAGUAUCUUUUGAGAUGGUGGUAGCAUGGCCAGAUUUGGGGGGGGGGGAGGGUGAACGGUGCACCUCAAGUCCUCCCCUGUGAUAUUUGCACCUCCCUUUGAAAUGGAUCAAAUGGUGGAUCAGAGUGUCCUCAUAUCACCUUCAAUUACCCUCUCAUUUUCAAUUAUUUAUUUUUUCCCAACAGAGUCGGAUUCCCGCAAAUCAAAGAUGGCGUAAAGCUGGAAUAAAAGCCAAAGCGGCAGCAACCCUUGGACGUCACCGCUCCUACAAACAAAGCGCUGAAAAUAUCGCGUUUGAGAAAACAGGAGAUCUUAUGGAGAGGUUUGAGGAUAGUAUCAAAUCUCUUGAGAAAAAAGUCAACAAGUUGUGCGUAGGAGUUCAGUAGAGAAUUCUGAACUGUACUGCAUAUAUAGACUGUAGUUAAUGAGUUGAUGAACUCAUUCUCAGGUUUUUAAGAUAUUUGAAAAUUGAAUUGUUGUAGUAGCACUUUAUAAGUGACAGAAACAAACACCGCACGGAGGGAAAGUUCCUUCUACAUUUUUGUGUCGUUGUGAGGAAAUAAAAUAGUGUUUAUUUAGAAUUUAUGAGGAAAUAUUUAAAAGGAACUUUCUAUUUGUAAAUAGUGGAAGAAAGUAAUUCGAUGGGUUCUUUGUAGCAAUAGUGCCCAGGUAUUGGAAUGUUUCAUUGUCGUUUCAUUGUUUUGAAAAUUUCACUGUUCUCCAUUGGCAAGUACUGACAAUUUGGAGGCUUAGCCUACCCAGAGAGAACGGCUUAGCCUACCCAGAGAUAACGGCUUAACCUACCCAGAGAUAACGGCUUAACCUACCCAGAGAUAACGGCUUAACCUACCCAGAGAGAACGGCUUAGCCUACCCAGAGAUAACGGCUUAGCCUACCCAGAGAUAACGGCUUAGCCUACCCAGAGAUAACGGCUUAACCUACCCAGAGAUAACGGCUUAGCCUACCCAGAGAUAACGGCUUAACCUACCCAGAGAGAACGGCUUAGCCUACCCAGAGAGAACGGGUAGUAGAGUAGACACUCGGUCAUCAUUCAAUGCACUUUAGUUCAUUACAGAUUACAUCUCAU